AGCACGUGAAUGCCACAGCCCAUAGAAGAAAGUCCGCGAUGUUACCUACCAAUGAAGCUUCAACAACCGACGUUCGAGCUUUCUCAUUUCCUUUCCAUUGUUAACUCUCUUUAAAACCUCCCCAAAAUCUUUCUCUCUCGACUCUCAUCAGAUUCUAAUUUUUUAAUUAAGAUUUUAAUCAAAUUAAAUAUCAUAAUUAUUUUGGAUUUACGAAGAAAAGUAGUAAUCUUUUCUUGAUUUAAAAAAAAAUUAAUGGAAAACAAAGCGGCGGUGAGGUUUAAGUUAGGGAAGCAAUCGUCGAUGGCACCAGAAAGAGACAGAGACGAAUCGGAUGGAAAAGGGAAAGAGGAAGGAGAAGAGAUAGAUGGAGUUAGGUUGAUGUACUUAGCCAACGAAGGUGACUUGGACGGCAUUCGCGAGCUCUUGGACUCGGGGAUCAACGUUAAUUUCCGAGACAUCGAUGAUCGGACGGCUCUCCAUAUUGCCGCUUGUCAAGGACAGGCCGACGUCGUUUCCUUGCUCCUUCAACGUGGCGCCAACGUCGAAUCUAAAGAUCGCUGGGGAAGCACUCCUUUGGCGGAUGCUAUAUAUUAUAAGAAUCACGAUGUGAUUAAGCUUUUGGAGAAACAUGGAGCUAAGCUUUUGAUGGCUCCAAUGCAUGUAAAACACGCGCGUGAGGUCCCAGAAUAUGAAAUUGAUCCAAAAGAACUUGAUUUUACUAACAGUGUCCACAUUACCAAGGGAACCUUUUGUAUAGCUUCCUGGCGUGGAACUCAAGUUGCUGUAAAAAAGCUUGGGGAUGAUGUUAUUGCUGAUGAGGAUAAAGUGAGGGCAUUUAGAGAUGAGCUUGCAUUAUUUCAGAAAAUUCGACAUCCAAAUGUAGUCCAAUUUCUUAGUGCAGUUACUCAAAGUAGUCCCAUGAUGAUUGUGACUGAAUAUUUACCCAAGGGAGAUUUACGAGCAUUUUUGAAAAUAAAAGGAGCAUUGAAACCAAUCACAGCUGUGAGAUUUGCACUUGAUAUUGCAAGGGGAAUGAAUUAUUUGCAUGAGAAUAAACCAGUGCCAAUAAUUCACCGUGAUCUUGAGCCUUCAAACAUUUUGCGGGAUGACUCUGGACAUCUUAAAGUUGCAGAUUUUGGAGUUAGCAAGCUGCUCACAGUUAAAGAAGAUAAACCUCUAACUUCUCUAGAGACAUCUUACCGAUAUGUUGCUCCAGAGGUUUUCAAAAAUGAUGACUAUGAUACCAAAGUGGAUGUGUUUUCGUUUGCUCUGAUACUCCAGGAGAUGAUUGAAGGCUACCCACCCUUUUCUACAAAGCAAGAAAAUGAAGUUCCUAAGGCAUAUGCAUCAGGGAACCGUCCGCCUUUCAAAGCUUCAGGCAAGCAUUAUGCCCAUGGGCUUAAAGAGUUAAUUGAGGAUUGUUGGAAUGAGAAUCCUGCUAAGCGACCAACGUUCAGACAGAUUAUAACAAAACUGGAAUGCAUUCACAUCAGUUUCGGUCAUAAAAAGCAUUGGAAGGUUAGGCCAUUAAAAUGCUUUCAAAAUCUGGAGGCAAUGCUGAAGAAAGAUCACUCUAGUCCAAGCAGCUGUAGCUGUUCAUCUCGUUCUACCGGCAGCAUAUGAGUUUUUACAAUCACUUUUUCAGUUCGUUGGCUAGAAGAUCAAAUUGUAACCGGGAGCAUGGCAUUCUUUUUCUAUGCUAAUUUGUUUCUAGUCAUUGAAUUUGAUAUGUUUCAGAUUUAUUCUCUCCCUUUGCAUUGUGGGCUGAGAACUACAUUUUUAUCCCUCCAUUAAAUAUGUUAUCAUAAUCCAAAUUUUUACAAA